AUGGCAUAUGCAGUCCUCAUCGCGGCUAGAAAGUUAAGACCAUACUUUGAUGCGCAUACAAUCGAAGUGCUAACAAACUUUCCUCUCGAAAAGGCCAUCAGCAAGCUAGAUACAUCAGGCCGGUUGCUAAAAUGGGCAAUAGAGUUGUCCGAGUUUGACUUGGAAUUCCGGCCAAGAACUGCAAUCAAAGCCCAGGCAUUGGCGGACUUCAUAGUUGAAGCGUCAUACCAAGAAGAUGAAGUACAAGCUGAAGUAUGGGAUGUGUCAGUGGAUGGUUCAGCUGCACAGACAGGCAGUGGAGCUGGAAUAAUCAUGAAAUCGCCAACAGGAGACAUUUUUGAGUAUGCUAUAAAGUUUACGUUCAACGCGUCAAAUAACGAGGCAGAAUACGAGGCAGCAAUUGCCGGCAUCCAAAUGUGCCUCGCAGCAGAUGCCAAAAGAGUAAUACUGACAACAGACUCCCAGCUGGUAGCCAGUCAAUUCAGCGGAGAAUAUGAGGCCAAAGAACCUUCAAUGGUCAAAUACCUGGAGAAGUUGAGGUCGGUGUCGGCUCAGCUAGAGAAAUUCAGCAUUAAUCUGGUACCCCGAGCAGAAAACACACUAGCAGACGCACUAUCAAAGUUAGCAAGUUCAAAUGUCGCCGACUUGAAAAGAACAGUCAUGAUGGAAGUCAUGAAUAAGCGAAGUACGGAGUCGGAGGUAAUACGGGUCAUGGCCAUCACAACUACCUCAGAAUGGUACGAUAAUAUCCAAACAUACAUACAGACUGGAGCCCUACCAGCAGAUUUGGCAGAAGCCAAAAAGACAAGAAGGGACUCGGUUUGGUACAUCAUCCUGUGGGGACGGUUGUACAAAAAGUUAUUUAGCCUGCCAUUCUUAAGGUGCCUGACAGCAUUCGAGUCAGCAAGGCUGAUCGAAGAGAUGCACGAAGGAACAUGUGGGAACCAUGCCGGUGGAAAACCCCUUGCCAUCAUCUGUCAAAGGCAAGGCUAUUACUGGCCAACAAUGUUAGAAUAUUGUCGGGCUUAUGUAAAAAAGUGCGAGAAAUGUCAAAAGUUUUCAGCUGUGAUAAACUUGCCGGCCAAUGAUUUGAUGCCCAUUCUGAACCCAAUCCCAUUCGCACAAUGGGGAAUGGAUAUUGUUGGACCAUUCCCAAUGGCGACCGGAGGGCGCAAGUUCUUAAUAGUAGCAGUGGACUAA